AUGGACGACACGGACAACACAAGCCUGCUUCUGACGCCGUCGUCUCUGCUGCCGGACAACUACACUCUGCCGCCCAACGCCAGCAGCCCCGGCCCCGGCGCGGACUUCUUCUCCCUGGCUCCCUCCUCCAGCGCCAGCCUCGGGCCGGGAUCCACCGUGGACUUCGCCGCCGGCCCGACCCCGACGCCGCAGCCGACGAGCGGAAGCUUGGCGGGCGGCGCGGCGAGCCAGGGCGCGUCCCCGUUCCCGCGGCCCUGGGUCCCCCACGAGCCCCCGUUCUGGGACACGCCGCUGAGCCACGGGCUGAACGUGCUGGUGGGCGCCGCCCUGUGCAUCACCAUGCUGGGCCUGGGCUGCACGGUGGACGUGAACCACUUCGGGGCGCACGUCCGCCGGCCGGUGGGCGCGCUGCUCGCCGCGCUCUGCCAGUUCGGCUUCUUGCCUCUGCUCGCCUUCCUGCUAGCCCUCGCCUUCCAGCUGGACGAGGUGGCCGCCGUGGCGGUGCUCCUGUGCGGCUGCUGUCCUGGCGGAAACCUCUCCAAUCUCAUGUCCCUGCUGGUGGACGGCGACAUGAACUUGAGCAUCAUCAUGACCAUCUCCUCCACGCUGCUGGCCCUGGUCCUGAUGCCGCUAUGCCUGUGGAUCUACAGCCGGGCUUGGAUCAACACGCCCCUGGUGCAGUUGCUGCCACUGGGCGCCGUGACCCUGACGCUGUGCAGCACGCUCAUCCCCAUCGGCUUGGGCGUCUUCAUCCGCCACAGAUACAACCGCGUGGCCGACUACAUCGUCAAGGUGUCCCUGUGGUCCCUGCUGUUGACGCUGGUGGUCCUCUUCAUCCUGACGGGCACCAUGUUGGGACCUGAACUGCUGGCGAGCAUCCCCGCGGCCGUGUACGUGGUGGCCAUCUUCAUGCCCUUGGUGGGCUACGCCUCGGGCUAUGGCCUGGCCGCUCUCUUCCGUCUCCCGCCCAACUGUAAGAGGACUGUGUGUCUGGAAACAGGAAGCCAGAACGUGCAGCUCUGCACGGCCAUCCUGAAGCUGGCCUUCCCGCCGCGCCUCAUAGGCAGCAUGUAUAUGUUUCCCCUGCUGUAUGCUCUGUUCCAGUCGGCAGAAGCGGGCAUUUUUGUCUUGCUCUAUAAAAUGUAUGGGAGUGACAUACGGCACAAGCGAGACCCCCUAGAUGAAGAUGAAGAUACGGAUAUUUCUUACAAGAAACUGAAAGAAGAGGAAAUGGCGGAUACUUCCUAUGGCACAGUGAAAACAGAGAACUUGAUAAUGAUGGAAACAACCCAGACGUCUCUCUGAACGCGGGGACACGCAGGAGCUUCGACCCUGCUGAAAUAGUCUCCCGGUUGAUGGCCUGUCGUAGUUCACAUGUUUACGUAAAGGAUGACAAUUGGUUCGCAUCAUCGUGUGUGUAACAAUUAGGAUCUCCCUACUGUAAAGUGUAUUGGUGUCUCAACCAAGCGUUUUCACAAAUUACAGAGCCACAUCGUAACAUAAUUUGCACCUGGGAUGGCCCAAGGGAAGCCGGAAUUAGUUAAAUGUGCUUUUGGUUUUCACCAUUACCGAUUUCUGUGACUGUUUUCGAUAUAGAAAUCAUUAGAAAACACAGUCUUGGACAUGUAGAAUCCGCGUGCUCUAUCUUAUCUGAGUAAAAACAAGCUAUCUGUAAAGUAUCCAGUUUAAUGUA